UUUUUCUGUUACAAAAUUAGAAUUUUUUCAAAUGUAAACUGACAGGUCUAUCCACUUUAAUUCUUUUCAUCCCAUUUCAUGUCACUAAGAAACUGGCUGGUGAGGCUGCUGGCACUGCGGCAUGGGUCACAGAUGUGGGAAAUGAGUUUGGGCAGGUCCUCAUGCGUGUCCUCACUGAGGCAGAGGGUUACAGUCUGCUUCCCAUGUACUCUGGACUUGUGGAGCGGUACCGUAGAGCUGGAGAAGCUCCUCCCCAAGUCCUAUAUGUGGACCGUGACUGCUGCUCUGCCACUGGGAAAGGAAAGGCGGCAGCAAUGUUUGGUGAGUGGGACCAGCUGCUUGUCAGGCUGGACGUGUGGUACUUCAUGCGGAGGUUUGCAGUAGGAGUGACCACGGACAGCCACCCGCUUUAUGGCCCCUUCAUGAAACGCCUCACCGCUUGCAUCUUUGAAUGGGAUGCUUCGGAUGUGGAGAGGCUAAAGGAGGCCAAGCGGUCGACAGGCUGCCAGCCCACCCCUAAAGAACUGGCAAAGCAUUGCUGCCGCCGCACUCGAGGGGCCCAGGAGACUGAGCAGCUCACUGAGAAGCUGUUUAUAGACUUUGAUGGGGCUACGGACACAAUGGGCAUCAAGCUCCUUGACCAGGAGAGGAUGCGGGAGAUCUGGCGGACCGAGCAACGCCACAUGCAGUUUAUACAGGACCCACCAGGUGUACAGCUGUACAGGAAGACGGGACAGGUGACCAAGGAUGGGGUCAUUCUACCCGUGUACCGCUGUGCACGUGGCUCAACAUCCCUGGAGUCGUUCCACCUGCACCUGAAUCGCUUCGUGCCAGGUACAAGUGCAAAUGCGUUGCAUUUUCAAAUGUACCUGUUGGAAGGACUGGUGCAGUGGAACGAGGCACGUGGGGUCGCUGCAGUUGAAGGUGCCAGCAGGGAGGAGAUCUGUUAUGGUGACCAGCUGCUGCAGUACUGUAAUGUACUGAGCCAGCAGCUUCUGGGUCUGAAAUUGCCUCAGGAUUACACUAGCCCCGGUGAAUACACAGGUAUUGUUCACACAGACAUUCUACUUUAGUUGUAUUUCACCCAUGUGUUAUCAAAACAUCAAAACAUGUGAUGCACUCUGUAUUUCUACAGGAGAGCUCCUUGGUGUGGAAUAUUUGUAUUCCCAAAGCAGAAGAUCGUUUGAGGAGGACUUAGGUGUAGACCCUGACAUUCCAGAUGGGAUUCGGGAUGAAGACCUGCAGGGUGAUCUGGAGGGGGAUGAGGGGUUUGAGGAUCUGUGCCUUGAUGAGUCCACUGAAUUUUUGGAACUCGAGGGCAAUGACCUGCAGCCCCCUCAGGAACAGACAGUGGCCCUACAACCUCCUGAUCAGCCCUCAUCAUCAUCAGCAGCAGCUGAGUCUUCCAGUCCUGCCUUGUCCACUCAGAGCCAGGUAAAUGAUUACACAUAAACACACUGUGUACACUGAGAUUUUAUGGUGUGUGUAAUGGUUUAUUUUGUAAUAAUGAGUGGCUGACUGACUGAAAAAAUCCUUUAAUUUUGGUAAGUUUAUUUGGCAUUUAUAACAGAGCAGUUUAUUAAUUUAUUUUCAUGUACAGAUGGAAAGUGUGGGACCAGAUGGCAGAGCUGGUUAUGACCACGUCAUUAGGCUGGCCGACAGUCUGGUUGACCUGCGCCUUCAGGGGUUUGUCACUUAGAGUAAGGUGGAUGAGAUUGUCGUGCUGUGGAACAAUCUCAUCUACCCCCCCACCCCACCCCCCACCCCUGCCACCGUGACAGAGUUCUGAAGGGUCGCUUCAAGGUCAGCCAUUCAAAGACCAAUGUGAUCCCUGGGACUGAAAGUCUGAAGAGAUGCUUCCUUGGUGAAGGUGGACCAGCUCAGUGGCCCAGCACAAGCCGUGUAGUGGAAGCCAUCUGCCUGGGUCUCUGCCGAAUUUACCCUGCCGGUCAGACCAUCGCUGGAGUCCGGGUAAACUGAUGGGUUGCCAUCCUAAGGGAUUACAGAAUGAUCCGAGAUAUAGUCCUGUUCAGCCCGGAAUCAUGGCCCAGACAAAAUUAAAGCUGUUUGAGCAAACCAGCUCACUAUCUCUCAGUGGUAGGUUCAGUAAUUAAUUGUUUAUUGAUGUUUUUGCAUCUGUUUUCAUAUUCAUAAUUAUUUUUACACGCAUAUACUUAUUUUUGUAUUUUCUGUGUUUAAGCACAAUGCCUGAAUAGAGAAGCAAGAGAGCGAGGUCUUGCAGCAGGACAUUGAGCCUGUCACUGCUCCUUUGGUGGCCCCUGAACAGCUCCCACAGGUACUGCCAAAACUACCGUAAACAAUCCAGCAUGGACACUCAUCCUUUGAGUUUAAAAUACCACAGGAUGCUUCCGGACAGGCAGCACCACGUUCUCGAGGCCAGCUUCCUCCAGGGGGUUUGACACCAGCACCUCAAGUCCCUCCUGCCACUUCUGCCUCUGUGUCUGUACCUGCUGCUGCUGCACAUACAUCUACCAGAGCUACCGCAUACCUGUUGGUGCAGUGCUCAUACCUGUUGUGGGAGCAGAUGAGCAGAGGGUGCCCAAGACCACAGCUUGGCAGUGAAAGAAGCUGGUAGAGGCAGCCGCAGCAGCUGAAGCUCAAGGUUUGGCCGCUAGGAAGAGGAAAUUACCAAAAGUGUUGGCAGCCUAAGACUAAAGAAUUUGGCCACAGCCAGUUCAGGGGUGUAAACUUUUGUGCAAAGGUUUCUGGGAAGACUGUGGCACAGUGGAUGGAGGAAGUCAAGA